UUGUUCAUAACGCAAACGUACGUUGACUCGAGCGAGUCGUUGGUUGGGCGAUCGGUGGAUGGCGCGCGCAAAUCAAUCGCUUUAAAAACGAAAUUCGCUGUGAACAUUGUGGCGAAGUGUAUAAGUACGAAACAAAUAAUAAAAGAUAAAAUUAAUUUUAACAAAAAGUGUUAAACAGCAGCAAAGCAGAGCGUCAAUUCGCGCACAGCUGACUUGUAUGCGCCGGUGCGAGCGAGUUUGAAACGAAAAGUAAAUAACAAAAGCAAAUUAGUGUCGAAUCAGGUUGAGUGCGUGUGCGCAUGCGUACCUAUGUAUAGUAGUGGACGUGGUCAAGUGCGUGAAGUGCAGCGUCCAUACGACAGAAAGUCGGCCGUAUGGUCGAUUUGGCAGCCAAUUGGUUAAAUAGAUAUACAAAGCGAUAUUGAUACGAUUUUUACGCGUGCAUAGAGUCAAUGCUACACGGAACGAACGGAUCGCAUUUGAAAAUAUUCUCACACACAACCACACAUACUCGCCUACCCACUAGGAACAAAACACAAGCACAACUGCCAAGCUUCAAAGAAAUCGUGAUAUAUAAAUUAGAGAAUUAUGCAAUUUAGUUUUAUAAUGUCGACGACGUUUGUCUGCGUUGCAGCGCGUAGAAGAUGAUCGAAGCCUUUGCCAAUAGUUUGGGUAGUCAUUUGGGGCGACAUCUAUUCUACUGGGCAGCGUCCCAACCGGAAGUGAACGGUCUCAAUCUGCGUCUCACCGAGCUAAUCAACAAAUUCCACGGUCCACUUGAACGUGGCGUUCAGGUACUGGACCACCUGCUAACACUCGAGGAGGAGGACUUCAACGGCCACUGGGGCAGCGCGUAUCGGCACAGUUAUGAGCCCGAAUAUGCGAGUGACGAUGGCAAUCAGGAAGUGCUUCAACACUCAGCAAAUAGUCGUGAAAUACUGCUACCGGCCGCAGCAACAACAACGACAACAGCUGGUGUGCUAGCAGUGACAAGUGGAAAUAAUGUAACAAAUAACAACCGCAUCUCCACCUCGAAUCCAAAUAUGGAAACACUAAACAAUGGUAAUGGGCUAUUGCUAUCGCCGCCACACAACAAUUCUGCAAAUAAUCACCAUCAACAGCAACAACAACGAAGCGCCAUUGCAGCUGCAGGUGCCGGCGCAGCAACGGGUGGUGGCGGCGGCAGCAGCGGCGGAGGUGGCCCUACCAGCGGUAGCGGUACCGCAACGGGCGGUGGUGAGCAUAAUAUACAAAUAACCCAACCAAUCAGCGCACCAUCAUCGCCCCUAGCGUCGCCUGGUGUUAUUACCAGCUCGGCGCUCUUCUGUUUGCCAUCGAGUUCCUCAGGUGUUACGUCAGGCGGUAGUAGCAGCAGCAGUGGCGGCGGUAGUGGCAGUGGUUCGUAUGUGUGUUCAGCCGGUGCUGCAAAUCAAAUAAGUAAUGCAGCUAUGAAUGCGGUCGACACGGCUGAUCCCAACUGGCAGGCCACCAAAGCGACGGUGCUGGAGCGGAAUGCGGCUAUGUUCAACAAUGAAUUGAUGUCGGAUGUCAAAUUUGUUGUGGGAGGAGAAUUCGCAGAUUGUGUACAAACAAUACCGGCACACAAGUACAUCUUGGCCACGGGUAGUUCGGUGUUUUACGCUAUGUUUUAUGGCGGUCUGGCCGAAAAUAAACAGGAAAUUAAAGUGCCUGAUGUGGAGCCAUCGGCGUUUUUAACGCUGUUAAGAUAUUUAUAUUGUGAUGAGAUUCAAUUGGAACCUGAUAAUAUAUUGGCCACUUUGUAUGCAGCCAAAAAGUAUAUUGUGCCACAUUUAGCGCGCGCCUGCGUCAAUUAUUUAGAAGUCAAAUUGACGGCAAAAAACGCCUGUCUACUUCUCAGUCAAUCGCGUCUUUUCGAAGAGCCCGAGCUGAUGCAGCGUUGCUGGGAAGUAAUCGACGCACAAGCCGAAAUGGCGAUUAAAUCAGAAGACUUUGUCGACAUCGACCUCAAGACAUUCGAGUCGAUAUUGUCGCGUGAGACGCUCAACUGCAAGGAGAUACAUCUCUUUGAGGCAGCGCUCAAUUGGGCUCUGAAUGCUUGCCAGAAGAUGGGUGUUGACGUGACGGCACCGAAUAAGCGCAGCAUGUUGGGUCAAGCAUUGCAUUUAAUACGCAUACCAACCAUGACGCUGGAGGAGUUCGCGAACGGCGUCGCACAGACGGGCAUACUCACAUCACAAGAGACUAUUGAUAUAUUUUUGCAUUUUACCGCACAAUCAAAACCGCAUUUAAGUUUUCCUACACGUGCGCGUGCAGGCCUCAAAACGCAAGUAUGCCAUCGCUUUCAGUCGUGCGCUUAUCGCUCCAAUCAGUGGCGUUAUCGCGGCCGUUGCGAUUCCAUACAAUUCUCUGUGGAUCGCAGAAUCUUCAUUGUUGGCUUCGGCCUGUACGGUUCCUCGACCGGUGCUGCUAAUUAUAAUGUAAAAAUUGAAUUGAAACGUCUGGGACGCACGCUCGCAGAAAACGAUACUAAAUUCUUUUCGGAUGGCUCCAGCAACACAUUCCACGUAUUUUUCGAGAAUCCCAUACAAAUUGAACCCGAGUGCUAUUACACCGCUUCUGUCAUACUUGACGGCAACGAACUGAGCUUCUUCGGUCAGGAGGGCAUGUCCGAAGUAUGCAUGGGCAAUGUAACUUUCCAGUUUCAAUGCUCGUCGGAGAGCACAAACGGUACCGGUGUGCAGGGCGGUCAAAUACCAGAACUGAUAUUUUACGGGCCAACAACAGUAACGGCAUUAAGUUCACCAACUAACUCACUGUGUCCCACACCAAUUGGUGCAGGUAGCAGCGGUGGCGGCGUUUCGAAUAGCGGUGGCUUACAUGUAAAUUGUGAUGACUUAUUGGGUAGCGGUAGCAGUGACGGUGGCGGUAGUGGCGCAUUGAGCGCAUGAGAAAUGUUCGAAAUUUGCAAGAGCGAUGAUGCGGAACUCUAUUGAGCAGUGCGUGCGUAACAAAUAAUGGCAAUCUAUGGUUUUUCAAUGUGAAAUUUACAAAGAAACUAUAAUGAUUAAAUAGUUUAUACAUAAAUACAUACAUAUAAAUAUAUGUAGGUAGUAGUGGCAAGUGAGCGAACCGACAACCAAAUACAAUUAAAUACAGGCAAUAUUUACAAAUACAUACAUACAUACAAUGAAAGGAAUACAAGUAAUGCCAAAAGUAGGCCAUUGCAGGCAAAUUGUUUUCCACAGAAAGUAAAGUUAAAGUUUGUAUACAAAUGUAUGUAUAAUAAUGCAAUUGAAAGUCAAAAAAAAGUAUGUGUAAGGAACGCACUUCCUUCGUUUGUUGGAGGUAAGGUUAGGGGGAAAAGGCAAUCAAAUUUGGUUAAACAAAUUCUAAAGGCACAAAAAAUACUAACAAAAUCUGUAACUAAUAUUACACAUGAUUUUCAAAGACUUGUAGAAUGUAGAAUUUUUGAGAAGAAAACGUACACAAUAACCUGGGAAAUGAAGUAAACAAAGAAGCAAUUGCAUAUUACAGACAUACCUACAUACAUACAUAUAUGAAUUCAUACAUUAAAAAACCAAAAGAAAAUCUAAAUCAAAAACAAAGGAAAGAAUUUUACAAAACAAAAAAAUAAGUUAUGUAUUUAUCUAAAAUAUAUCCUGUUGUAGAACGGCACAGGGUCAGGCUAUUAGGGCGAAAAUGUUUAAAAAGUUUAUAUGCAUACAAAUUAACACAUACACAUACUAUAUACAAUUACAUGAAAACAUAUACAUACAUAUAUAAAUGCAUACAAGGCAUAUAUUAGUACUUUUUCCACUAGUUUUUUCAUAUACCCAAAAGAAAUGCGAGAAACAAAAGUAUACUUAUACUAUAUUCAUACUAUAUACGCAACUAUAAUGCAAAAGUAAUGAUAUUACAACUCUUUUUGCCUAAAUAACAUUACAUAUUGUAGUAAUAAUGAGUUGAAUUUGCGAGUAAUUACGAGUUUCAUUAGUAAUGCAAUACAUUUACGAAAAUACAUAGUACAUUGAAAAGGGUUUGCACGCAUCACAGUCGAAAUAAUCAAUUAGUAUUCACGUAGCAUAUUAGCGUUUGUCCUGUAUACAUGGAUAUAAUCAUUAUGAAUAUUGGAAUAUUUUAUGCUUUUUACUAUGAUAGUUAACGCUUUAUGAAUUGUUUAACUGUAUUUCCUUUCAACGCCUUGCAUUUGUGCUGAAUAUUUUUCAAGCGCCUUUUUUUGUUCUCAUUUUCCGUGGUUGUGUUGCGUUUUAGCAUUAAGAGAAUAGGGGAAUGGCCAGUAAUGAGUUAACGCAGCAGUUCGGUGGAGUGUUGGACUUAUGUACAUAUAUUGCAACUGCUAUUUGGCUAAACUAUUUGAGCUUUUUUGAUUUUAAAGAUAAGUUAUGACUUUUUGUACUAUUAUCUACAUAUAUAAAGAUAUGUACUUUUUUAGAUUUUUCACUGCUAAGGUUUAGUUUUUUUAUCUACUACAAUCUGUCGAUAUUACCUUUGAAUAAUAUUUAAUAAAAAUCUUUAAGAUUACUUUGAAA